GGCGGCUGUUUUGGGAUCCUAUGUUCGUAAAUUCUGACUUUUCCAUAUAUUCCCAGUUAUUCGUGGUAUAUUCAUUCAUUCUUCAUCUUUAUAACGUCUAAUGGUAAUAAGUAUUGUUCUAACACUCGUUAUUGUAUGUUAUCCGACUAUUGUCAUAGAUUCUGCUCAUUGGCAAUCGUUUUCUAUAACAAAUUAUUGGAUUAUUCACUCGACUAAUAUGAAACCACAAGUGCUGUAAUACGGCGUAGUAAAAACGGGAUAUUCAGAAGUGUUUUACAAUCCUAACCUUAUCACCACACAUUGAUCACAACUUAUUAACUCGAUUAAAUAAAAAUAUUCAUCCUUAAAUCCAAUGCAAGAGUAUAAACUUGUUGUUCUGGGAAGUGGGGGUGUCGGAAAAAGUGCAUUGACUGUGCAGUUUGUACAAGGAAUCUUUGUGGAAAAGUAUGAUCCAACCAUUGAGGAUAGCUAUAGAAAACAAAUCGAGAUUGAUAACAGGCAGUGUAUGUUGGAAAUUCUUGACACAGCUGGCACGGAACAAUUCACUGCUAUGCGUGAUCUGUACAUUAAAAAUGGUCAAGGCUUUGUUUUAUGUUACUCAGUUACAUCACAAUCCAGUUUUAAUGAUCUACAAGGUUUGCAUGAACAAAUUCAACGUGUCAAAGAUGUUUCCAAUGUCCCACUUAUAAUUGUAGGAAAUAAAUGUGAUUUAGCAGAUGAACGAGUAGUUUGUCGUGAACAGGGUCAUGCGCUUAGUCGACAAUUAAAUUGUUCAUUUAUGGAAACAAGUGCCAAAGCUAAAAUUAAUGUGAAUGAAAUUUUCUUUGAUCUUGUCCGACAAAUCAACAAGCAAAUGCCACAAGUGAAACAGAAAACAUCGAAACGAAAAUGUCUAAUUCUCUAACUUUGGGUUUUUUAUUACUUGUUUUCUUUCUCGGUUCUCUUGUCUUAUUUUUCGUUUUUAUAACAGAACAACUACAACAAUAAUAAUUGGACAAAGAACACUUGAUUUCAUAUGUUGUACGCGUGUAUGUGCGUGUGAGCGGGGAACUGGUAUUAAAAUCAAUCUGUUUCCUGUGUUUCUAUUUUGUUCCUGUUUUGAUUUUUUGUUUCCCACCUAGUGUAAAAUGUAUACAUGUACAUCUCAAUAUUUUUAGGACUUGUUUGUUUAUGAGGUUGUAUUUGAGAAGCUAUAUGCACAGACUUUUGUCCCUGAAACGCAUGUGUUAACUACAAAACAGGAAUUAUUAUGCAUUUCAUUACCGACACCUAUAAAACCACACUCACCUACUCAUCAUCUAUCUAUCUACAUUUAUUUUUGUUAUCCUCAUAUAACUCCCCAGUGCCAUUCCUUUUAUGUAUAAAUUGAUAGCACAGCAAUAAUAAUGAUAACGUGUUUUACCUUUAUAUGUAAAUUUAUUUUCAUGCUUCCUUUUUUGUAUUUGUCCUCCGAAAAUGGCUGAUUUUAUUGUGUGUUUUUUAAGAAUAAAACACUCAUCUAUUGUUUCAUUGUUCUCUGUGCAUAUAUAAUGUUAAUUAUAUGCAUGUGAAACUGAAGAGGACUGGUCUUUCUUAUCGUUUACCACUUUGCUGUUGUUGUUAUGGUUACUAUCGUCGUGGUCCUUAUCUAUUUUCGAUCUACAUAGCUCAAAUGUUUGUGUACGUGUGGAAGAGUUCAAGGAGAAGCAAAUGGAAAUAUUUGUUUUUCUAUCUACUUAAUAAUAAUAAUAAUACUCAGCAUUAUCAGCCAAAUUUAUGAUGUUUUUUCUUCUCAGUCUGUCGCUAGUGUUAUUAUCAUUAUUAUGUUAACGUUUCUUUUGCUUUCUUACAUAUGUUAUAACUUUCAGUUAUUGGAUGACUCGUGACACUUUGUAUCGACCUCUCUAUCAAUAAUUUUGACACGGAAGGCUGAAUAUUGUUAGUAUUACUAGUCUGUUUAUGCUGAGUUUGUCCACAUACCUCUCGUAUUUUCACUAUUAUGAGAUGUUGGUGCAUUGUUAUACUUCAUCAUCAUCUACACACAGAUACUUGUCUAUCGUUAUUCUUCGUUAUAAGUAAUAAAUUGUGAUUUAUCUAUUGUUUUAUUGUAUUCCUGUUCUCACGUAAUUUACUUUAAACAAACAAUAUCUUUAUAAUUAAACUAUACAUAUAUCUUCAUUCUUUGUUUCCCCGUCAUCGUGUUGUAAUAAUUAAGCUGCUUGUGUUUAUUGACUUUCUGCAUCAUUCCAGCCUGUUUAUUAAAGUAAAAAAGCUUUUAUCGUUCUUCAUCCUUUCUAGUAACCUGGUUUUUUUUUAGAAAAGAAAUUGCGACUAAUUACAUUAUUUAGCGAAUUUUUUAUUGCUAAUAUCCUUUAGUAUUACUAUUAUUAUCAUUAUGGAUAGUAUUAGUAUCGUUGGUGUUCCUAUCAAUGUAUUCUUUCCCUAGUUGUAUAAGGUUUUCGUUUAUCUCUGAUAUUUGUCUUUUAUAAGGAGUAAACUGUACUUUUUCCUAUAGUCAAUUAAUGUUCACCUAUUCUCUCGAGGAGUAAAACAAUGAUGCGCUUGAUAUUACUGUUAUUGUUAUUAUUAUUGGUAGUAGUAUGAUAGUGAUUAUUAAUAUGCUUAUUACUAUUAUUUAUGAUUAUUAUUAUCAUUUAGACCUUCUCUUUGCUUUUCUUCCCUUCCGUUGAUUGACGUUGUGUUUUGAAUAUGAGAGGGGAAAAAUAUAAACAUAAUUUGCAUUUUG